AUGGAAUUUCGAAGGUAUUUCUCAAGUGAAGAUUAUAUUUUUGAAAUAAAAAAUAAUGAGCAAUUAUUUUCGUGUGAGAAUGUAGCAAAGAACAUAAAACCAUUGUGGAGUUUGAAAGGUCACAGGAAUUCGAUUGAAGGAGUUCAUUUGAUAGAUAAUGAGAAAUUAUGCACAGUUUCUCAUGAUAAUUUAGUAUCUAUAUGGAGAUUAGAAGAUAAAAAGAAUAUAUUAAACAUAAAAUUUGAUGAUGCUAUAUUAUGUUCUAGUUAUUUUAAGAAGAAUAAAUAUUUAUGUAUAGGAAGAACAAAUAUGAAUAAUAAUAUUAAUAUAAUUAAUAUGGAUAAAGAAGAAAUAAUAGAAAGUUAUAUAAGUGAAUGUAAUUCAAUAUUUUCUAUAAAUUAUUAUGAUGAUAAUAGGAUAUCAUAUGGUAGUAAAGAGGGAUCUAUUUGUUUUUUUGAUUUAAUUAAGAAAAAAAAUAUAUAUAGAUAUGAAGAAAUAGGAGAUUGUAUAAACUAUUGUGCAUCAUCAUAUACAGAUAAUAAUUUAUAUAAUAAUAAUAAUAUAAAUAAUAAUAAUGAUAAUAUUCUAAUGAAUCCUAAUUUUCAUAUAUUUAGUACAUAUAAAGGUAAUAUAUUAUUUUUUGAUUUAAGAUGUAUGUUACCUAUUUAUCAAAAUAAUAAUUUACAUUCAAAUUAUUCUGUUAAUUGUCUCUAUUGUUAUAAUUAUUUUUUAUAUUCUGGAGCUUCCGAUUGUUUAAUUAAAAAAUAUGAUAUAAGAUAUAUUGAUGAAAAGAAACCUUUACAUAUAUAUAUUGGACAUACAUCUCCUAUAAGAUAUUUAUCUUUUUCAAAAAAUUUCUCUUAUUUUACUUCUUCUUCUGAUAAUGGAUGUAUAAAAUUAUGGUCUGUUAAUAAAACAAAGCAAGGAAAAGAAAAUAAAACAUAUUCAUCUUUUAAUAAUAAUCUUAUAUCACCUUCUUCAGCUUUUUCAUUUGAUCUUGAUUCUCCUGUAAAUGAUCCUUUAAAGGUUAAGAUGAUGAAUAUUCAAAAUAAUAAAAUGGCUGAUAGUUUUCUUCAAAUAAAUAGAGAAAAAAAUAAUAAAAUAAUGAAAGAAAACAAAAUUAUAUCACCUAAUAAUAAUAAAAAAAAUAAUAAUAUUAAUAUUAAUAAUAUUAAUAGUAAUAAUAUUUAUAAAAAUAUGCGUUCUUCAUCUAUUGUUUCUGAUACAAAUUAUUGUGUAAAUAAUUCCUAUGAUACUACACAGAAAAAAAAAGAAAGAAAAAACAUCUUCAGCAAAAAAUAUGAAAAUAUUUUAUCAGAAUUUCAAAAGAAAAAAAGAACUAUAACACCUAAUACCAUUUUAACUAUAUCUAAUGAGAAAAAAAAAAAAGUACAAGCUGUUUCAAAAAAUGAAUUAUUUAAUAUGUGUAAAAUGAAUAAGACUCAGUUAGAUAAGGAAAAGAGUCAUAAAGGUCAUUUGUUUUUAAAUGACUCUUUAAAUAUCAAUAAAAUGGAUAAUAAAUUAAUGAAUAGUAAGAAAAAUCAAUCCAUAAAAGAAAUGGAUAUAUUAAAAAAUAAAAAAAGAAAUGAUCAAUUUAAAAUGACGAAUAAAUUACAUAUACCAUCACCUAUAAAUUAUUCUAAUACUAAAGGAGAUAAAACAUAUAAAGGCAAAAAUGAAAGAAAUCAAAUAAAAAGAAAUAUAUCAAAAGAUACAAAUAAAUAUUUAAAUAUUCAAUCACCUAUAAGUAAUAAAUUUAAUGAAUCAUAUUAUGAAUCCUUUUUUUAUAACAAUGAAAAUGUUAUAAAUAAUUUAUAUCCUUCUUCUAGAAAAGUUAAAAUAAAAUAUGCGCAUUUGUCAAUGUUGAAUCAUAAAGGUCGUGUUACUUCAAUGGAAUGGUUAGAUCAUCUUCUCUUUUCUGUUUCUUGGGACCAGACCAUAAAAUGUUGGAACGUCAAAAAGUACUUGAUGGAAUAA